AUGACGUUGGUUCACCAAGACCUGAGAGAAGGAAUACUGAAUAUAGCACCAGCCAACAGGACCAAAACAGAGCUAGACCCCAACUUCAAUCCUCCCUGCUACAAGACAGUGGAUAAGGACAUGGUGGUUAAGCAAGACUAA